AUGCAAUGUCAAAGAAGCCUCAAUGUUAACGAGGAAUACCUAUGCGCCAUCCGAACAAAAUCCUUUGCCCAUUGCUUCACGAAAUUCCAAUUGCUCGUAAACGAACCAUCACCGCCAACCGGAAACUUCCAUUCGGACUUCUCGGAAGUUCUUCUCCAACCGAGCCGCGAAGCCAUAGCCUCGAUCCUCGACUCAUCUGCUCUUUUCUCAAAAUCAACCACAUCAUCAUCAUCAUCAUCCAACGGCCUAAAAUCGCUCCUACUCGAUUACUUCGAGACCAGCGCCGAGUCCUCCGAUUUCUGCACUCGCCUCCUCGAAACCCUAGCCCACCUCCAAUCCGACUGCAGGUCCACCGCCGGAAUCAUCGAUUCCGCCGCCGCCGGAGACCUCCUUUCCCGCGCCUACCUGCAGAACCCAUUUCCUAAUCUUAACAGGCAAUACGUCGAACACCUUCGGGGCAGGCACUCUUCGGUCCUGCGCCGCCUCAGAUCCGGCCGGAGUCGGGCGGCAUGGAGGCUCAAACUGGCGAGGCUCCUCAAGCGAGUCUCCAUCGUGGGAUCCGCGGUCCACGGGUUUCGGGGCGGGCCGCCGGGUCGAUUCGAUUUCCGGUUCAUUGGGAGGGCCGCCGGGCACCUGGACGCGGCGGCGAAGGGGGCGUACAUACUGAGUCGGGAUUUCGAAACGAUGAGCCGGCUCGCGGGUCGGGUCGGGGACGAGGUGGAGCACGGCAAGGCGAUGAUAAGGCUGUGUUUGGAUCGGAGGGAGGAUAAAGUGUGUUUGCGGGCUUUGAAGGAGAUGAGAAAGGAUGAAUUCGGGCUGAGAAGGCGGGUGGAAGAGCUUGAGGAGCAUAGGGUGUGGAGCUCAAACAACAAUGCACACAUGUACAAUACAUAG